GUCAGCGAAUCACAAGCGUCCAACAGCGGAAAAGACAGAGGGGGUAAUGACCAUAGAAGUUGCAGGACAAGCUACCAACGUUCCUCUGUGCUAUAAAGUCUGCUCAUAAACUUAAUUAAUUUGGUAUUGCACGUUUUAUAUAUCUGAAUCCCUGCUGUGAGCAGCGCAACAAGCUGAAAUGAAGACACUAGUUGUAGGAGUAGGUGGGAUGACCAAUGGAGGAAAAUCUACUCUUUCCAAGAGUCUACACCAGCAGAUACCCAACAGCUGCAUCAUUGCGCAGGAUUCAUAUUUUAAGGAUGACUCUGUGGUACCUGUGGACAGCAAUGGGUUUAAGCAGUAUGACAUGCUCGAUGCUCUGCACAUGGACACAAUGAUGAGCGAGGUUGACUCGUGGCGAAGAGAUCCUGAGUCGUUCCUGAGGCAGCGAGGCCUGAACCCAGAGCUCAUAACACCAACAGUCGAUACAGAGGUGUUUGUGCUGAUAGUGGAAGGAUUCCUCAUUUUCAACUACAGGCCUCUGAAUCAGCUAUUUGACAAAAGAUACUUCCUGGAAAUACCUUAUGAUGUCUGCAAAAGGAGACGAAGUUUGAGGGUGUACACGCCUCCUGAUCCUCCUGGCUACUUUGAUGGAUAUGUGUGGCCAAUGUACCUAAAAAACCGCCAGGAGAUGGAGAGCAUGGUGUCUGGAAUUGUAUUUCUGGAUGGACUGAAGCCAAAAGAAGAACUGCUGGCUACUGUGUGUGAGGAUGUUUUUCAGGAAAUGGAAAGACUCAGGGAGAAAGACUGAAAUAGUUGGACUCUGAUUUGUUUACCUUUUGAAGAUGGAGACUGCUGCUGCUGUAGAUGUCAGAAAAGUUCCUCUUUUGGGCUAAAGAACCAAAAAGGUGGUUCUUUGGACUUUUGUAAAUAUGCUAGUGUCUAUGUAAUAUCUACAAAAGUUCAUAUGUAAAAAGAAAUCAGUGGAUGAGAAUUAACUAAUGAUAGCAUAUGAAGUUGUCUAGUUAAAGAGGAUAGAGGCUGCCAGAAUCAAUGUAAACCCAAUGUCUUUGCUGUUAAUGAUCAGUAUUAUAAAGUUAGGAUACACUCUGGGAAACCUAGAUAGUUUUUGUGACUUUAUGAAUUUGGUGCUGGAUACAGGACAUACAGUGGACAAACGUUACAUUUCAUGAUGUUUCAUCUCUAAGUGCAUUGUCUUUUUUUAUAAUAUACUGGGGAUUUCGAUCCAAAAGUAUUUUUCUAACUAUUAAUACAUAUACAUAACCAAAUACAUACAAUUUGCAUAAUUGCUACAGACGUCCUCACUAAUACUUGAAUAAUACAAAUAUUAAACAAUGAUCAU